AUGUCACCUAAUCGCGUGUUUUCCGAGAGACGCGACUAUAACAGCGCCAAUGGAGCCCAGCUCUGUAAACACGUCAAAGAGCGCCUCAAGUCUUUUGAGGCCGAUCCUUUGAACACCACCACACAGCUCGACAAGUCAAUCAACGUGCUGAUCGAAGUCCUAGCGGAGGUGAAUGGAACCAUCCCGGUUCUACCUUCGACUCAGGCUUGCUUCACACGCAUGUCACCGAGCGUUCAAGAGGCAUUCAAAGCCGUAAGACGUCGUGCCAAAAGUUCCAACGUCAGUCAAUCACCGGCUUAUCUGAGUGAGUUCAGACAAAUCGAGCGCAAUGCGAAGAAGCUCUGGGCACUUGACAAGGAACUCCAAUGGAACGAUCACAUGGCUCGUUUGACUACCAACCUGGAUGGCACCUACAAGAAGUACCGUCAGGCCUUGCGCAGAGAGAAGACUCGAGAGCCGGCACACAUGCCACCAGUCAAUGAUCCGAAGGACUCCAACGUCAAACAUACCAAUGUUGAUGCCAAGAGUGACUGUCUUGCUGAGGCGAUUCUCCUCGUACCUACCGACCAAAUCAAACAGCGCACAGUACCUGUGACGGUUAUGAGGAGAAGCGGAUCACGUGUUUCACUACCCGACCUUCCCUUCAACUGCGAUCCUGAAGACUUGCCGACUUGUGAUCAAAUCACUCUGAACCAGGUCGACCAACUGAUCAGGGAUAUUCCCAAGGUCAGAUCGAUAGUAGACGGCGGCAUCCCCAACGCCCUGCUGAAGCUCUGUCGGGAGGGUAUCGUUCCCACAGUCCGCAACAAUCAAUUAAGUGGGUCCUAG